GUUCCGUCUGCUCUUACAAAGGAACGGCGUUUCAUGAGAUGGUGAGCUGUAUGUACUGCUGUCUUUUUUGAAGGCUUCCUAGGCUUCUUCUGAAACUUCUCAGGUAGGCCUACGUGACUUUAUGCAGUUGACAAAACAAACUGUACUUGAGUGAAUCAUCUGACAAGAGUACAUCUGCACCAGCUGAAAGCCUUUCUAUUGAGGAACCCCACUAUGGAUCCUGACAAGACCUCCUAUGUGAGGUUGAAUGAGGAGAAAGUAAUUGCAAAGUCUGAUAUUUUGUCCCUUCUAAAAACGUACAACUGUUACCACGAGGGAAAAAGCUUCCAGCUUAGGAUUCGUGAGGAGGAGGAUGAGCUGUUCGUGGAGGGUUUACUCAACAUCUCCUGGGGCCUGAGGAGGCCAAUCAGACUCCAAAUGUACGAUGACGAGCGCUUUCGAUACGCCUGCACGGGUGCGUGGAGGUCGGAGAGCUCAGAGUCCAGCAGGAAUGAAAAUGCUGAACACCAGUUUUGUUCAGAGCCCAACAACAACAAAAUCAGUGCCUCACCUGCACCCAGUGUGCAUGGUGCUGAGGAGGACGUCCCUCAACUGCUGAGAACAAGAAGUGACGCGAGCUUUGUGAAUAUCCAAAGAAGAUCCAAAAUCCACAACACUGACGAUUCACAGAGGAUAAAAAGACACCGCUUCUCCAUCAACGGCCAUUUUUACAACCACAAAACAUCAGUUUUUACUCCAUCAUAUGGAUCAGUGACUAAUGUGCGAGUGAACAGCACUUUGACAACACAGCAAGUUCUUAACCUGCUUCUUAAUAAGUUUCGGGUUGAGAAUAAGGCAGAUGAGUUUGGCCUCUACCUAGUCCACGAAUCAGGGGAGAAAACAAAACUUAAGGACACAGAAUAUCCUUUGGUAUCUCGUCUGUUGCAUGGUCCAUGUGAAAAAAUCGCCAGAAUAUUUAUUAUGGAAAAGGACCUUGGUGAAGAGAUUACAUAUGAUGUUGCACAGUAUAUUAAGUUUGAAAUGCCUGUUUUGGACAGUUUCAUCAAUAAAUUGAAAGAGGAGGAAGAGAGAGAGAUUUUAAAACUAACAAGAAAAUACAGUGCACUGAGGUCAAUGAUGUUGCAAAAAUUGGAUUGCAUCUCUAACACUACAUAUUAUGUGUUCACAAUGAGUAUUUCUUAUUGUUCUUUGAGUGACCCAUGCACUGAGUCAGUUCCCACAAGCGAUAAAAGCUCAUGUUAUUGAGACUAAAGAUAUGAAGUCAGUGCCUUCUGGCUGGAGAACCCAUGUUACACAGUGGGAGGCAUCCUGGGAACAAGGAACAUUACAUUACUCCAGGUGGUUCCCUCUUCCUUUAAACUUUGCGCUUGUGUACACUUGUCAGUCUUUUAUGCCACAAAAC